AUGUGGAACAUCCUGCUGGAUUCCCUGCUUCAAGAAGCUGAAACCUGGAAUGUACACGUCCAGGCUUAUGCCGACGAUAUUAUAUUAAUAGGGACUGGGAAAACAGCAUCAAUAAUAGAAAAUAAAAUCAACACAGCGCUAAAUAAAAUAUCUAAUUGGGGCUUCUCUAGUAAAAUGAGCUUCGCGGCUCAUAAAACGCAAGCUAUUCUCAUAACAAAGAAAUAUAAAUAUGAAAUGCCUAACUUAAAGCUCAGUGAUACCAAUAUAGUAUUCAGUGAAAACCUGAAAAUUCUCGGUUUGAACAUCGACAGAAAUUUAAAUUUUGUAAAACAUGUACAAGACACCACAGAAAAAGCUAUUGUGCUAUACAAAAAGGUUUCAAAAACAGCAAGAGCUCAAUGGGGACUCAACUCGGAAAUUCUUAGGACUAUUUACAUUACUGUCGUAGAGCCUACAAUGUUAUAUGCGGCAGCUUGCUGGGGAAACAAAGCAUCAAGAAUACAGAUACGCAAACGUCUUGAUACUAUAACGAGAGUAUUCUGUAUUAUGAUUUGUAAAGCUCAUCGAACAUCUUCGCUAAAUUCCUGUGCCGCCUUAGCAAGAAUUAUACCACUAGACUUAAGAGCUCAAGAAGAACUAGACAUAUACGAAAUAAAAAGAGGAAAGUCCAUUGAGCAACUACCAGGGAGGAAACUUGCCAUACCAAUAAAUCCUUUUAACCUUCCACAUCCAGCGUUACGUGUCCCAGAGACUUACAAUGACAUAUGUACAGAAAAGGAUGUUGAAAUGAAAGAAAACAACUAG